AUGGACUUUGGUAUCAGUGUGAAUAGGGCGUCAUAUGGACAACUCACCGAGGGUGGACCCAUUCCAAUUCCAAGCUCGGAGAACAAAUUUCGCACCACCAGAGACCGGCAGGGCUUCGUCAUCACCAACACACCAUUAGGUGCACAUCUGAGGGGAUGUCAUGAAAGCGACGGCCAAUCAGUCGAUACGCAGAAUGCCAGCCAUGAGGAGACAUUUGUCAACUGUCCGGUCGUCAAGAAAUAUGCUGGGUGUCUGGAGAUUCCGCCUCGAGGGACCCGUGUCCUAACAGCAAAGUUUAUCUUGCAACCAGGAAUAGUCCCUCAUACAUACCGUGACACAAAGUACCCACAACGAGUCGGUCUGCCGAAGCUCUGGAGCACGCGGGAAGAAGCCGGAAGGUUCAUCGUCCGCAGAAAUCUGGAGUAUAUCCUUGGAAAUUGCGCGAUUCCAGUGCCACCGUCCAGACAAGCUGUGUGCCUUUUGACAGAUCAUGUUGCUUUGCCGCUAGGGUGGAUGCGAGACAAUUAUUGGCAGGUCCGGUUCCUGAUAGACACCUACCUCAACCUCGAGGACUUGACUUAUCCAAGCAACGCAGAAGAGUACGGCCAGGUGAUCAAGGCGACAGUAAAAGGUCAUCUGAUUUGGGUUUUCCGGUAUGCGCAGAGGCCGCACAAGUUCUGGCACAGAUCGUACUUGACGACUGGCCGACCCAAGGAUGGGCCGGUAUUCCAGCUUGACCAACAAUGUUAUCCCCUCCUUGAACUGUGUGAUGUGGGCGAGAAUUUUCCAGAGGAGCAUGAGCUUGUUGAAGAGAUUUUGCGAUCAGACGCUGUGUCGCAGGUCCUUGACUUGAUCGAGACAAAGCGGGAUGUUCGAACUGGUUUGUUUCCAACGGAUGAGACGCCCGGUGACGACGCAGUCGAAUAUCCCUUCCACUUCUCAAGUCACGUUUUGCUGUGGCAUUCGCUAUCCAGGCUCGCCAAAGUUGCUGCGCAUUUCAUGGCUGGAUCUGCCUUCGAAACACGCCUGACAACUCUGGCUGUGGCUGUGCGUACAUCGACGCUGGACCACUUCCUCUGUCCAGAUCCAGCAACAGGAAAGCAAGUCUUCUCGUAUCUGGUUGAUGGCGCGGGCCAGCGGACAUUUUACCACGAUGCUAACGACCUCCCAACCCUUUUCGCUUCUUCUUGGGGAUUCACUGGGACGGACUCCGAGGAGCAAGCGUGGCACAACACAAUGCACUUUGCCUUCUCGACGGCCAAUGAAGGUGGCUAUUAUGCUGGGGGAGCAUUUGAAGGGUUAGGCAGCGUACACACGCGAAACCCCUGGACAUUGGGAUAUUUCCAACAAUGGAGGUAUGCUCAGAUGAGCGGAGACCGCCACGCUGAAGCUAUUGCAUGGAACAAAAUAUGUGGCGUGAUGCUCUGGGACGGCAUGUUUUCAGAAGCAGUUGACGGGCAUUCCGGCGAAGUAACCAGUAAAGCAUGGUUCAGCUGGCCUGGGUCGAUGAUCGGAAGCGGGCUGCUCGAACGGGGCAAUCGAGAGCGGUAUCUCUGA